AUGGCGAGGCCAGGAGGACCCAUCCCAGUUAUAUUUGUGGGGCUUACAGUCGCGUCUGCCGUCCUGCUGACAUUAAUCCUCAGAAAGGUUUGGGGAGCUUCCAGGACUGGUAGAGGAAAACAGAGGGAGAGACCCUCAAGCUCUUCGUUGACGGGUAUUGAUGCGCCUCCAGCCUCAGAUGGAGCAGGACGCUUUGAAGAGGCAUGCGAGGCCGUUGAGGUCGCGUCAAAGGAUUUGUCAAGCGCGUCUAUGAUUGAGUUCUAUGGUCUCUUCAAGCAAGCGACGCAGGGCGACUGUGACCUCAGAAAGCCUUCCGCCUUCAAUGUUCAGGGCCAUGCAAAGUGGUCAGCCUGGGAAAAGCAUAAAGGCCUGCCUACCAGUGAAGCGAAGGCGAAGUAUGUUAGCUUGGCUCUGCGCCUGGGACUGUUACGGCAUGAAGAGGGUUCGACAGGAGGGCGAACACGACUUGGCCCCGUACAAAGCAGGCCUGUCGUGGACGCAGGAGAACUCUUUUGCUCCUCGUCGAAGGGAGAUGCAUUCUGUUGUUUGGUUGCUGAGGGGAACUUUGAAGCUGCUGUAGGUGCACUAUUAAAAGAUUCUUCCCUCGUCUACAUCACGGGCGAGGGCGGAAUGACUGGACUUCACUUUGCGGCGGAUAGAGGCCAUGCGGAUAUCGCGAAGAUGCUGAUAGAGUGCGGUGCCGAGUUGGACUGCCAAGACGAUUGGGGUGAGACUCCUCUCCAUGUUGCACUUGCAGCUGGCCAGCAGGAGCUGGCUGCCAUGCUCAUCAGAGCUGGGGCAAACACCUAUAUCAGAAACAAAGAGGGGAAGAGCUGUGACGAUUUGAUGGAGAACGAGCUUAGAUGGCAGUAG